AUGAGUGGCCGUUGCAGAACGUGUGCUGCGAAGCUGCUCGUUUUGGUCGGGCACGCCUCAAGCGGGGCCCUGAGCGGGGAGAGGCUUUGCCUUCAAGGAGGUGCCAUUUUCUUGCGUGGCGGUGGAAGAGGAAGAGGAGGAGGAGGAGGAAGAAGUGGGAGUUUCUGGGGUGCAAUUUGGCCAAGGACGGGGCGGGAUCGGCGAAACGACUUUUCGAGGAACCCAGAUCAAUCUGAACGCGAGGGAGAUUCUUCAUCGCCGAUCUCGACUGUUUCGCCUCCGCCGGAAGAGCGAUUUCAUGAUGUUGAUAUUAAAUACUUGUCAAAGCCGAAAGUUUGGCCUCAGAGCAAGAACGAAUUUGAGCCACGCAUACAUCAUGGAAAUUGCCGACAAGACCAACAGGGAUUGGGCGAUUUCCACAUAUUCCUUGGCCAUAAGCGUCGGGACACUGUGGAUUCGGCGCGCAAAUCGUUGACUUGGUACCGAGGGCAUUUGUUCAACGUUGAUCAGGAAUUGACAGAAAUCAAGUCUUAUUUGUCUGUUGACAAAACGACGUUUUCCUGGAAGAGUCUCACCAAACGAAAAUUGCACCUGUGCAUCCACAGAUAUUUUGUGCCAAUAGUGACAGUGAUUCUGCUCUACUCGUCGAAAGCGUGGUCAGGAUUCCCCAUCAACAUCGGUUAUGCAGUGGACAUUUUCGAACGGGCCCAUUUGACCGGCCCGAUUUCCCCGGGCUUGGCCAAUGUCAUAGCCCAAGUCGUGGACCUCUUGGCUCAAACCCUGUCAACAUUCGUCGUGGGGAUCGUGACUAGAAACACGCAGAUGUACAUCGGGGCCGGGAUCAUGGCGUUGAACCACGCCUUGUUCGGCGUCUAUUUGACUGCGAUCGGCCACGAUGGCGCCGGUUUGGACACGUCCCCGGUGUUGCGGAAUUUGUCUCGAUGGUGGCCGAUCCUUGCCUUGAGCAUUUACUUUGCUUGCAAUUGCUUGUCGACUGCCAAUCUGUUGCACUUGAUAUCAGGGGAAAUAUUGCCCCAGAAAGUGGCGAAUUUCGGCGUCGCUGCGGGAUUCGUUGCUCAAACUUUGAACGUGAUCAUCGUGACUGCCGGUUAUUUGGCAUACACGAAUCUCGUGGGACUUUCUGGAGUGUAUUACACAUUUGCAGCUACAGCCGCAGCACUUGCCCUGUUUUCAUUUUUCAAUGUCGAACACACUGGAGGCAAGUCACUUCUAGAACUGGAAACAGGACAUGAACAAAGAGAAACGGAAAGAAAACCAAUUUCAAAAACUUGAAAAAUUCAAUGAAUGUAUAAUUGACAUCUUUGAACCGCCCUGGAAAGUUGUUCAUUCUCUUCCCAUUCUGAGUCAAACUGACCGAAUUUUCUCAUUCCGAUCAAAUAAAAGUUUUU